UUCUAACCCCCGCAUACCCAUUUUAGCGGCAUUUCCUGCAUCAAUCUCUCCAAGAUGGCCGAACCCCGCGUUGAGGAAGUCCCCGAGGAGGAGACCAAGAAGCCCACCGUCGAGGAGCUCGAUGAGUCCUCCAGCGACGAGUCCGAGGCCGAGGCUGGUGGUGAUACUAGCAUUCCCGCUGGCUCGACUGCCGUGAUCCACUCCCGCAACGAGAAGAAGGCCCGCAAGGCCAUCGAGAAGCUGCACCUCACCCGGGUGCCGGGCAUCACCCGCGUCACUCUGCGCCGCCCCAAGAACAUCCUCUUCGUGAUCAACAACCCCGAGGUGUACAAGUCCCCCAACAGCAACACCUACAUCGUCUUUGGCGAGGCCAAGAUCGAGGACCUCAACGCCAGCGCCCAGGCCGCUGCCGCCCAGCAGCUCGCCAGCCAGACCGCCGAGCACGACCACGCCGGCCACGCUCACGACCACAAGCAGGAGGCUGCCAAGGAGGAGGAAGAGGAUGAUGGCGAGGAGGUGGAUGCGGAAGGCAUCGAGGACAAGGACAUCGAGCUCGUCAUGACUCAAGCCAAUGUGUCCCGGAAGAAGGCCAUCAAGGCGCUGAAAGAGAACGACAAUGACAUAGUCAACUCAAUCAUGGCAUUGAGUGUCUAGUCUGGAGCGGGAAGCCAGCGUUGUUCGUGGAUUUUCGGGUACAUUCUUGGAAGCAAGAGGCUCUGCCAGUUAUCGACAUCGGUAUCUGAUGCUGGUCAGUUGACGACGACCAUAUUUGAGUCGUUGAAUGGAAACCGUUGCGCAAU